CCUGUUAGAAAUAGGAAAAUUCAAUAAUCAAAGCAAAGGGGAGCGUGAGGAGGAAAAAUCCGGGAUCAGGGCAAGUUUGAUGGCGCAUGCGCGCUGCCGCCUCCAUCCCAAACACACACACAUUUCCCCUGACUUGGAAAGUCACCCAAAGCGGCCCCAAGUGCAGGGCAAAGAGACUUCGCCAAGUGAAGGGAACCCAUCAGAUUCACACUGUCUUCACCUGAGACCGCCUCCAAAACAAAGAUCCUGACUUCUCUCCUGGCUUUGUGCAUUGGAAUGGACCUUGAAACCUGUGACUUCUCGAUGCAAGGAUGAAGUGAAUUUAGAGCUAAAAACCAGGCAAGAAACCAGGCCUUGAAAUCUCCGAAAGGUAGGAGAGACUUCAGACUGCAAUGGCUGAAAGAACUGUAUGCACUGACGCAACCUCAGGAAAACCCACGAUGGCUGCCAAGCGCAAAGGCGGCCUGAAGCUCAAUGCAAUCUGUGCCAAGCUCAGCCGCCAGGUGGUCUUCGACCACGGGGGAGCCGAGCAGGCACGCGUGGACAAGGGACCCCAGCGGGAGAGCAGCAACAAGGACCUGCCGCAGCCCGGGACCAGGGAGCUGGGGACGGAGUUUGCGGAGGGGCUCGGCAGGAGCGUGCAGAAGCUCGAGGAGGACAAGCGGCGGGAGGUGAUCGAGAAGUGGGUGAACGGGGAGUACGAGGAGCCCUUGCUGGGCCGCGCCGAGGGCAAGGAGUGCAAAGGCGCCGAGAGCGCGGAGGUGCCCCCCGAGGGGGUGUACAUGGUGCAGCCCAAGGGCUGCAGCGACGAGGAGGACAACGGGGACGAGGCGGACGCCCCGCGGGGCUCGCAGGACGGCAGCUUCCUGGACGACAGGGACUCGGACGGGCCGGCCUCGAAGGACGACGGCUACCGCUCGGCCGGCGGCGACACGGCCUCCAAGCUGGGCGGAGGAGCCGCCUCAGGGGAAGCUUCAUCGCUGCGAGAUUAUGCCGCUACUACCAUGAAUGAAUUUCUGGGCAUGUUCGGCUAUGACGAUCAGAACAUGCGGGAUGAGCUGGCCCGCAAGAUCAGCUUCGACAAGCUGAACGCUGCUACCUCAGAGGCCACUGCAACUGCUGCCUCCCUUCCUGGUGAGGAUGCCAUGAGCAAACGAGCCCGCUUCUCCAAGUAUGAGGAAUACAUCCGCAAACUCAAAGCUGGAGAGCAGCUCUCUUGGCCUAUGCACUUGGCCAAAUCUGAAGAGUUGGGCUCCAAGCUGGGCAAAGAGGCUUCCUCAGUGCUGGCACAGCCCAUCCGGGUACAAGGUCCGGAUGCCUCCCUGCUGACGGAGACCAAAGCCACCAUCCUGCCUCUGCCCUCUCCUAGCAGUUCCCAGAUGCAGGGCCUGAUGUCACGGGCCUCCAAGUAUGACUUCUUCAUUCAGAAACUGAAGACAGGCGAGAGCAUCAGGCCACAAAAUGGCAACACUUACAAGAAGGCCUCCAAGUAUGACCUAGAGAACGUCAAGUACUUGCACCUUUUCAAGCCCGGAGAAGGAAGCCCAGAUAUGGGAGGAGCCAUUGCCUUCAAGACAGGCAAGGUAGGCCGGCCUUCCAAGUACGACGUGAGGAACAUCCAGAAGCUCACUCCAGUGAAGGCUGCAACACCCAGCCUGGCCUCUGCUCCACUUGCCAGUACCCCCAGCAGUGCUCCUGUGGCUGGGCCAGAGCAGUCCGUCUCAUUGCCAUUCAACACUCCUGAGUACCUGAAAUCAACCUUCUCCAAGACAGACUCCAUCACAACUGGAACAGUCUCUACAGUAAAGAAUGGAUUACCCACUGACAAACCAGCUGUCAGCGAAGAUGUAAAUAUUUACCAGAAAUAUAUUGCCAGGUUCUCUGGCAGUCAGCACUGUGGACAUAUACACUGUGCAUACCAGUAUCGAGAACAUUACCACUGCCUUGACCCGGAGUGCAACUACCAGAGAUUCACUAGUAAACAGGAUGUGAUUCGGCAUUACAACAUGCACAAGAAACGUGAUAAUUCCCUCCAGCACGGCUUCAUGCGCUUCAGCCCGUUGGAUGACUGUAGCGUGUACUAUCAUGGCUGUCACCUGAAUGGGAAAAGCACACACUACCACUGCAUGCAGGUGGGUUGUAACAAGGUCUACACCAGCACCUCUGAUGUGAUGACCCAUGAGAACUUUCACAAGAAGAACACGCAGCUUAUCAACGAUGGCUUUCAGCGGUUCCGUGCCACGGAGGACUGCGGCACUGUGGAAUGCCAGUUCUAUGGGCAAAAAACCACUCACUUCCAUUGCAGGCGACCUGGGUGUACAUUCACCUUCAAGAACAAGUGUGACAUUGAGAAGCACAAGAGCUACCACAUCAAAGAUGAUGCCUAUGCCAAGGAUGGUUUCAAGAAGUUCUACAAGUAUGAGGAAUGCAAGUAUGAGGGUUGUGUCUACAGCAAGGCCACCAACCACUUCCACUGCAUAAGGGCAGGCUGUGGCUUCACCUUCACCUCCACCAGCCAGAUGACCUCCCAUAAACGCAAGCACGAGCGCCGGCACAUCCGGAGCUCGGGAGUGCUCGGCCUGCCUGCAUCUCUCCUAGGAUCCAAGGAUAAUGAGCAAGAGGAGUCCAGUAAUGAUGACCUUAUUGACUUCUCCGCCAUGAGCUCGAAGAACUCUAGCCUGAGUGCCUCCCCCACCAGUCAGCAGUCUUCCGUUUCUCUCAUAGUCCCAGCCGCACCCUGCUCUGCUGCUGAGCUUGCUUCCUCACAGGCCAGCAAGCCUGCCAACAGCAUGACACCGGCCACCAAGAUCUCUGGCCUGCUCUCCCAGGCUCUUCCCAGCAAUAUACCCUUGGCCCUGGCACUCUCCAACUCAGCACUUCCUGGAACAGCUGGAUCCUUUUUCCCCAUCAUCCCCAGCCGGGUCUCUACACCACUUCCUGCCAGCUCAGCUAAUCUGAUGACUGCUGGUUCUUCUGGCACAAAUCCACCAUCAUCUGCUCCUACGGAUUCCUCAUCCCAGGCCAUCUCAGGAUCUGGUGACCCAGCAGCUACUACUUCUCCAGCUCCAGCAGCAUCUAUAAUGGAAAGGAUCUCUGCUAGCAAGGGAUUGAUCUCUCCUAUGAUGGCAAGGUUGGCAGCAGCUGCACUCAAGCCCUCUGUGGCACUUGAAGCAGGGAAUGGACAACCAACAGCUCCCGGACGGUUCAAUCCAGUUCAGGUGAAGCAGGAGCCUGUAGAAACCAUGGGAUCAUCAUCUGCUGCCACUCAGGACUCCUUGCAGGAGCACAGCUUGGACCUGAGCGUCAAGGAUCAUGGUAAUGAAUCAAAUGGCCACACAGUCUCGGCAAAUUCAUCUCUUUUAUCCUCGCUUAUGAAUAAGAUGUCCAAGACCAGUGCUAGCCUUGGCAACCUGCUGAACUUGAAGACAGAAGGAGAGGGCAGCCAAGCUGCAGCUGGGGAGCCAACACAAUACUUGGGAAAGGCAGUGAAGGCACUUGUUCAGGAGAAACUCUCUGAGCCAUGGAAGAUGUACCUGCGCCGGUUUGGUACCAAGGAUUUCUGUGAUGCACAGUGCGACUUUCUCCAUAAGGUGCAUUUCCAUUGUGUCGUGGAGGAAUGUGGUGCCCUCUUCAGCACCUUGGAUGGAGCCAUCAAGCAUGCCAAUUUUCACUUCCGAACUGAGGGCGGAACUGUGAAAAGUAACUCGGAGUCUCCCUUCCCAACUACUGCUGAGACUAAGGCUUCAUUAGCCCCAUCAUCACCAUCUGCUACUUCCGUCACCAUGGCGAGCGCUCCUGCCCUUGAUGUGCCCACCCCGAGCCCAGCUACUGUGCCCUCUGCCCCCACGCUGCUAGCUUGGAAGCAGCUGGCUUCGACCAUACCCCAGAUGCCUCAGAUCCCAGCGUCAGUGCCUAGCCUGGCAACUUCACCCUUGGCAACAACUUCCCUGGAGAAUGCCAAGCCUCAGGUCAAACCCGGAUUUCUCCAGUUCCAGGAGAAUGAUCCCUGCCUGGCAACGGACUGCAAGUAUGCCAACAAAUUCCACUUCCACUGUCUCUUUGGGAACUGCAAGUAUGUGUGCAAAACCUCUGGCAAAGCCGAAUCCCACUGCCUGGACCACAUCAACCCCAACAACAACUUGGUGAAUGUUCGAGACCAGUUUGCUUACUAUUCACUGCAGUGUCUCUGUCCAAACCAGCACUGUGAAUUCAGGAUGAGAGGGCAUUACCAUUGUCUUCGUCCUGGCUGCUACUUUGUGACUAACAUCACCACCAAGCUGCCCUGGCAUGUGAAAAAACAUGAGAAGGCAGAGAGAAGAGCAGCCAAUGGCUUCAAGUACUUCACCAAGCGAGAAGAGUGUGGCAGGCUAGGUUGCAAAUAUAACCAGGUGAACAGCCACUUCCACUGCAUUCGAGAGGGCUGCCAGUUCUCUUUCCUGCUCAAGCACCAGAUGACAUCCCACGCCAGGAAGCACAUGAGAAGGAUGCUGGGGAAGAACUUUGACCGUGUUCCUACUCAGGUUAUUGGCCACACUCCAAGAAAUGAAAAACUCCCCCAUGUUGGCAGCAUGGCACCCAGCCCAGCUUCAUCAGGAACCCCAGCUUCCUUUCAGGGACCCCAGAGCAUGAUGGACACUGAAACAGAUGAGUACAUGGAUUAUACUGGCUGUAGCCCUGGGGGGAUCUCCUCUGAAUCUUCCAAUAUGGACCGCAGCUGCUCCAGCACUCCAGUGGGCAAUGAAAGUACAUCAGCAGGGAAUACCAUCACUAUGCCAACUGCCUCAGGGGCCAAAAAGCGUUUCUGGAUUAUUGAGGACAUGUCCCCAUUUGGCAAGCGCCGUAAGACUGCGUCCUCGCGUAAGAUGCUGGAUGAGGGGAUGAUGCUGGAGGGAUUUCGCCGCUAUGAUCUCUACGAAGACUGCAAGGACUCCAGCUGCCAGUUCUCUCUCAAGGUUACCCACUACCACUGCACACGGGAGAAUUGUGGCUAUAAGUUCUGCGGCCGUACCCACAUGUACAAGCACGCCCAGCACCAUGACCGUGUUGACAACCUGGUACUGGAUGAUUUCAAACGCUUCAAGUCUUCACUGAGUUGCAACUUCCCAGACUGUCAGUUCUCUGGCAAUAGCACACACUUCCACUGUCUGCGCUGUGGCUUCCGCUGCACUGACAGCACCAAGGUGACAGCCCACCGUAAGCAUCAUGGCAAGCAGGACGUCAUCAGUGCUGCUGGCUUCUGCCAGUUCAGCUCAAGCGUGGACUGUGAGGUGCCUGACUGCAAGUACAAACUCAAGUGCUCCCACUUCCAUUGCACCUACCCUGGUUGCAAACACACAGUGGUGGGCAUGUCUCAGAUGGACUCACACAAGCGCAAACACGAGAAGCAGGAGCGGGGGGAGCUUCCUGCCAUCUCUCCUGGUCCUGAGGGCCUUGCCCACUCCGCUCUUGAGUAUGACAUCCAGAACUCUUCCAUCAACCUGGACAGUUCCCUCAACCUCAGCACUGACAACAACAGCUCCCUCUUCUUCCUGCAGAAUGCGGCUGGCGUGGGCCUCAAUGAUUCCCUGGACCUCAGCAAGAAGCAGUCAGAAGUCACUGAAGGGCCCUCACCAAGCAGAGCUGGGCCUGCCUCUCAGGAGAGGGGAGCAGCGGCAUCUGGCUCUGGUGAUGUGGAGGAUGAGGAUGACUCUUCCCAAGAGGAUGAGGAGGAUGAUGAGGAGGAGAUGAAUGAAGAAGAGGAGGAGGACGAAGAGGAGGAGGAGGAGGAGGAUGACGACGAGGAUGAUGAAGAGGAAGACCUGAACACAGAUUCUGAAGAAUCGCUGCCUGACCCUGAGGGCCUGGCCACUAAAGAAGAGGGGGAAACAGAGGAGGCUGCUUCUUCCACAGACCAUGGCGAUGCUUCCAGGUCACAGGGCGAGCCAGCCCCGGCCCUUACUCCAGCCCCUGUUCCUACUGCAGCGCCAGCUGCUGCCCCAGCCUCUACCCUUGCUCCAGCAACUUCUCCUUAACCUUAGUGACAACAGCAGCAGUGGUUUGGUUUUGCUCUUAUACAGAAUUACUAAGAGGACCCCAUAUGAGGCAAGAACAAAGACUGGGAUGGCAAGUGAAAAAACAAACUCCGUGCCACACGAGAGAGAGGAAGGAAGGAAACCCAUGCUCCACAGGCCCCAUAAGAGAGACAGGUUCGCAGCAGAACUGGUGCUGCAUCACUUCAUUCUGCAAAUCACAGAAAAUCAGGGCAGGAUGCAGCAAAAAUAUACCCUUUUCUACAGACACGAACCUUGAGGGUGCCGGCUGCUUUUCCUUGCCCCUGUAUGGUGCGCGGGGCCUGCACCCAUCUGGGGACCCUUCAUUAUGGGUGGGGUUCUAGCCCCCCAUUUUUCUUUCUGUUUUUUUUUUUCCAUGUUUUCAGUUGUACGAUAUUAAUAAUAAUCUCCACUUCUUGGAGGGGGGUGGGUGGGAACAACAGGUAAUGAAUUUUAGAAAUAUAUAUUUGUGUGUGUGUCUCUCUCUUGCUAUAUAUAUAUAUAUAUAAUGUACACACACACACACAUAUAUAACAUGCAAGGAAUUGGUGUCACAAAGACAACUAGCUCAGCUUUUGCCAGUGGGAAGGAGGGGGUGAGGGGUGUGCUCUCUCUCUCUCUCUCUUUCUCCCUCUCCCUCUCUCUCUCUCUCUCUCUCUCUCUCUCUCUCCUUUCUCCAGCAUUAAAUGAAUGGCAUCAGACAGCAAGGGUGGGAGUGGGUAUUUAUUGUCACAUAAAUGAGGACGCAUUAAUGAAUGAGCAGGGGUGGGAAUGGGACACUCCUCUGUUCUUCCAGAGCCUUUUUACUAUUAAUGAUAAUAAUUUUGAAUGCUAUUUAUAUUGUGAAACUUUCUCUGUCUAGUGCUGUAGGGCACCUUUCCCCAUCCCUACUAUUGUGCCUGUAGGGAUUUAGCUGAAGUAAGUGGGGGAGGGCACAGCGGGCAGUUAAAGGGUCUGUCACACUGGAGGACUGGGGUUAAUCUCCCAUCCAGUUCCACCUCAGCCCAACCCCCAGGUGCUUCUCCUCUGCUGAGGGCGAUUCUUUUUUGUGGUGCUUCAGUAUCCCCAUCUCAGGAGGACUCAGUAGAGUCAGGAGGUUGUGCGCUGACACUGUGCCGUGCUGUAGCACGAGGAACACUGUGCUAACAGAGGCGCGUCCUAGCCCUUAAAGCAGCCUUGUGAAACGCUACUUGCUUUCUGACCCAAGCAGUCUUACAAUGACGGGUAUCCCCCUCCCAGCCCUCCACUGAGGAUAGGCAAGUCUGUGCACCAGCUAUCAUCUCUGGUGACUUCUGGGAGAGGGUGAAGGCACCACUGAGAGGGAGGAGAAGGCAGAGCCCAAUUCAAGGACUUGAAGAGCCCACAGCCAGAUUUCCUGAUCAGACCGGGGGGGGGGGUCCCUUUGCUCAGCACUAAGUGGGAGGACUGUUCUGUGGCACCUGGGGAGCCGUUGGCCCAGUCAUGGUUAUUGCAGCCACAAUACCUGAGCCUGCUGCCACCUGUGCAGCAUAGCGAAAUCAAAGACUCCGGGGGGGGGGAGAGAGAGGGGCAUGCCAGUUGAGGCCAGAAUGUAGUCCAGUUUAAUUAAUGUAUUUCUGGGUCCAUGCUGAUAAUUUUGCCAAGUAGGACUAAUAGCUUGGGCACAGCAUGGGCAAAUGCAUCUUCACUGCAUUCAGCCUUGCUGCUUCCAGUACCUUGGACUGUCCCCUGGUUACAAGCUCUCCCCUGCGCUCUUUUCCUAGCCCAGCCUGGGAACACGCACUACGGGAGGCUGUCCAGGACUGACAGCGGGGACGGUGGCUGUUGACCAAAAUCCUCACCUGAGUCCGAGAGAGGGGGUUUGGCUACAUACACAUGGGCUCCAGAAGAACUAGCAGUAUGAAUCAAUUCUGAUAGUAGUGAUUUCAGUGCCAGCUUGUAAGUAUACCAGCCUACCAGAAGGUUCCUUGUGUCUUGUCAUAUGCAUCUCCCCCCCCCCCCUUUUAAAUUCUAAUUAUUUUUUCUAACAUCAUGCAGGCACCCCCCGACCACCACCACACACUUUAGCUCCAAGGAAUCCCCAUAAUUGGUUUCCAAACUAAACAGAUAGAUAAAGGCCUCAAGGAGGUUAGGUUGUUUCAUGCCUGCUGCCUCCCCCCCCAAGGAACUGGUGCAGAUCAGGUCUAAUUUAUAAACAAGCAACUCAGCUGUGUAAGUGUGGAGACAGAAUGUUCAGACAUAAUGUUUCAAAAGGAAAGGCAAAAAGAUUAAAAAGUUGUACAGUAUUUUUCCUGUAAAGGUUAUUAUUAUAUAUAGAACAAAAGAGAAACAACCAAUGCCGGGGAAAGUGUGUGUGGGGGGGGUCACCUGCCUUCUGGAUAGCCCUUAGAUAUGGUUAAUUGUGUGCAAUUCCCUCCUACCCCCCCUUUUUUUUUUUAAUUUUUUUGUGCGUGCGUGCGUGCGUGUGUAGGGGGUUGGCCGGGGUGGGGGGGUGCCUUAACUCUAUGGUUUGAGGCUGACUUCACACUCCUAGCACUGACUGGAGCUGCACGAUUCUGAAUUUUAACUUGAAUUUUAUAGAAGAGAUGAAACAAAUGAAAACAAAACAAAUGAAAUAUUGUUAUUACUAGUUUGUAGUUUAUUUAAUACUUUGGAGUUCUUUUACUCUAUCAGUUAUUUGUGUGGCUUUUAUUUUUUAUAGGGUUUCAUUUUUUUGUUUGUUUUUGUUUUGUUUGGUUAUCCCCUGCCCUCAGCUGUGUGUUUUCUAGCACAACACAAUUCUUGAAUAUAAUGAGGCUCAUGUUCCUGGAGGCAGAGUGAGGAGGGCAUGAGCGCCUGGAAUUUCUAGAACAGAUGGGGCAAAAAAAAAAAAGACUCUACUUUAAUGGCAUUUGCUACAGGGUCUAUAUACUUGUACAUUUUCCCAGAGUAUGGUGAUGGGCUCCAAGAGGCGCAUCUAUGGACCUAACAUAAACUCCAUUUUGCAAAAAACAGUUUAAUAUGUACCACUGAAAUCAACAUGAUCUACAUCAUGGACUUUGUGGGAGCAGGAUCAAGCUCCCUGCCUUCAAUACAACAUCCUGCAAGCUUUAAUUUAAACCUGCCUCUGUUUUUAACAUGGAGGGGGGGUGGAAGGGGGGGCUCAGUGGCAAGAUGGGGAGCUCACUUCAGUCGCUUGCUUGUAUUCAGAACAGGCAGGCUGUGGCCUGUUCAGGAUCUCCUGCUGAUCUGAGCUGGGAACCAGCACCAUGACACAGUGUUUUUACCCCCCCCCCCCCCAUUCAUAUCUCAGAAUCUGCUGACUGAACCUUCACAAGAUGGUGGGAGAACGCAGAAGUGUGUGGAGGAAAGGGGUAAAAAUAAUUUUAAAAAAGUCAACCCUGUGGCUCUGCUAAUGCCGGCCCACUUUGCUUGGAGCUGGCCGUGUUGCGUCACCCCAGAGGCAGCCUUAGGCAGGUGUAGCCAGUGCAGUGGCACUGGGACCUGAGCUGAAACGGGGCCCUGUUUCACUCGCCCUUCCUUCUGUGGUUACCUGUGCCAGAGGGGCCCGUGUUUAUCUAUGCACACCAUUUUGUCCCCCAAGGCACCCUAUUCCUCCCUAACUUCUCAGCCUUUCUCCCAAACCUUUAUCACUUCUUCAGGAGCUGGCACAGGGAAAGGAUUUCUUUCCUGACAGGCUACAGCCCAGUUCAACACCCAAGCAGGGCCUGAACCCCACAAAAGGUGAGGGACCCUCACAGGACCGUGGCUGCUCUGUCCUUCCAGAUGGGGCCUUCCAGGCGGCCGGCCCUAGCCCUAGGGGUGCUUCUCAUUCUCUAUUUCUGUAAAUCUCUUACUGUGUCUAUAUUUGCAACAACAAAAAAGUCAAGAAAGUUAAACCCAUCUUUUUUUAUUCUGCCAUGUUAAGGCUUUAAUUCAGCAAAACUCUUAAGCACAUGCUUUCUGAAUAGGCAUAGAUUUAAGCCCCUGCUUAAGUGCUUUUCUGAACAAAGGCCCCAUAGCACAAAUCCCUAUUUCAGUGAGGUGGGGUUUUAUUCCUGCUUCAAGCUACCAUAUCAACAGGACUGUUAAUACUAUUGAAAUACAUGCUUAGAAGAAUGUUACUAAAGUGAGGACCAGAGAAAGAGAGAGAGAGAGAUUCAAUCAACUGUAUUAGGAGGGGGAAAGAGGAGAGAGGAAGUAGAACUAUUCUGUCCAAAAAAAAAUAUAAAAAGCAACAUGAACCUUGAGAUGGACCCUCCUGAUUCUGCUACCAUUCACUACUGAAAAGCAAAAAAAGAAAUAACAUAAAAACUAUUGACUAGAUUGUUCAUUCUAGCCACAAACUCAACUGGAUUAAAGUCUGUGUGGAAGGAAUUUUGUAAAGAAAAAAGAUUUUUUUUUCCAAUGUAGCAAAAAAAAAAAAAUACAAAGAGGGAGAAUUCUAGCCUUUUGUAAUAUCCAUAUUGCACACUAGGACUAUAAGCCAUUGCUAGCUCAUUUUGAAUUUUAAAUGUGUAAUUUUUUUGUUUUGUUGUUGUUUUAUUUUUUUCUUUCCGUGGGGGAGGGGGGGGAAAUAAAUGCUUGAACCACCAAUGCUCUUUUUAAUGUUUUAUAAAUAUGUAUGUGUAUAUAUAUAAAUAUAAAAAUAAUAUGUAUGCACAUAUAUAUGUGUGUGUGUAUAUAUCUAUAUGUAUAUACAUAUAUAUAGAUAUAUAGAUAUAUAUAUAGGUUUUGAGACAAAAAUGCAGAAAGUGAAAAAAAAAAAAAAACACCCUAAA